UGAAUGAAGUGGCAUAAAAUUUCGGCUUUGUCGGCAUUUCGUAGUUCUUCGUCUUCCGAGUAGGUUUUAAGUGGCCGGCUAGUUCAAAAUGCGUUUUCUUUUACUUACCGUAGCGAUAGCCCUUCUGGGCGCCGCACUCGGAGACGAUGUACCUACAGAGGAGAAUGUACUUGUGUUGAGCAAAUCUAACUUUGACACCACAGUCCAGGCGAACAACUUCAUCCUGGUGGAAUUCUAUGCGCCAUGGUGCGGACACUGCAAGUCGCUGGCGCCGGAGUACGCCAAGGCGGCGACCAAGCUGUUGGAAGAGGAGUCUCCCAUCAAGCUGGCGAAGGUGGACGCCACCCAGGAGCAGGAACUCGCCGAGAACUACGGCGUACGUGGCUACCCCACCCUCAAAUUCUUCAAGAACGGCAGCCCCAUUGACUACACUGGUGGUCGUCAGGCUGAUGACAUCAUCUCUUGGCUCAAGAAGAAGACUGGUCCUCCAGCGGUUGCUGUGACUUCAGCCGAACAGGCUAAGGAGCUGAUCUCUGCCAACAACGUGAUUGUGUUUGGUUUCUUCCCCAACCAGGAGACCACUAAGGCCAAGGCCUUCCUGAACACCGCUGGGCUUGUGGACGACCAAGUCUUCGCCAUUGUCUCUGACGAGAAGCUGAUUAAGGAAUUGGAAGCUGAGGCUGAGGAUGUUGUUCUGUACAAAAACUUCGAGGAGCCCCGCGUUAAGUUCGAAGAGGCUGUGUUCGAUGAGGAUGCCUUCAAGAAGUGGGUGUUCGUCCAGAGCAUGCCCCUCGUCGUUGAGUUCUCCCACGAGACCGCCUCCAAGAUCUUCGGUGGACAGAUCAAGUACCAUCUCCUGCUCUUCCUGUCCAAGAAAAAUGGUGACUUCGAUAAGUACGUGCAAGAAAUCAAGCCCGUUGCCAAGACCUACCGCGACAGGAUCAUGUCCGUGGCUAUCGACACCGACGAGGACGACCACGCCAGAAUUCUGGAGUUCUUCGGCAUGAAGAAGGACGAGACCCCGGCCGCCCGCCUGAUCGCCCUGGAGCAAGACAUGGCCAAGUACAAGCCUACCUCCAACGAGCUCUCUGCCAACGUUAUUGAGGAAUUCGUCCAGUCCUUCUUCGCCGGAACCCUGAAGCAGCACCUCCUCAGCGAGACUCUGCCCUCCGACUGGGCCGCCAAGCCCGUCAAGGUGCUCGUCGCUACCAACUUCGAUGAGGUCGUCUUUGACCCCAAAAAGAAGGUCCUUGUCGAGUUCUACGCCCCAUGCGUGGAUGAACAUUAUGGUAAUGUCGUUGCUAUGUCGCGCGCCCUCGCCCUCAGCUGGGUGCCCAUCUACGACAAGCUGGGCGAGCACUUCGAGGCCGACGAUGACGUCGUCAUCGCCAAGAUCGACGCCACAGCCAACGAGCUGGAGCACACCAAGAUCACCUCCUUCCCCACCAUCAAGCUCUACACCAAGGACAACCAGGUCAAGGACUACAACGGUGAGAGGACGCUCGCCGGCAUGACCAAAUUCGUUGAGACUAACGGAGAGGGCGCCGAGCCUACGCCCAGUGUGAGCGACUAUGAAGAGGAAGAGGAGCAGCCCGCCAGGGACGAGUUAUAAGCCGUCUGCGUUAAAGAGACUUCCGUAGCAUAGUCUGUAUAGAUUUAUAUUUACUUUUAUACUUAAUCUCACUGCAUUUCGUUCGCUAGACUGUUACUUUACGGACUCUAAAUUAUGUUGGGUUGUACUGUUUACAAAUUUGAUAUUUAUUGUGAAAUACUCUCCUUGGUUCAGCCGGAAUAGAAUACGGGAGACGAUGGUGAAACGCACGUACCAUCGAGAAUAUAGGCUUAGUUCUGCCGGCCAGUGUCCUCAGUGUAUUGUAUCUGUGGUAAGCAUAAUUUAUUCGAUGCGCUCAGCAUUUACGUACAACACUAACAUAUUUAUAAUUUCUGUAUCAUAAUGAUAUGUUAUUAACACAUUCCUUAGUUGGAUACUAGAAUUCAUCGAACAAGCAUUUUUAAGGACACAGGCGGUUUUUAAUUUUUAACCAAUGAUUUGUGUCUAUGGCCAUAUAUUUUUUUUAUUCCAGUGUUAUUUUGGCCUCAGCAAAAUGUGUUUUUAUAUUUUGUAUAGUUUUCAUCACAAAAAUUAUAAUUUUAAUCCGAAGUUAUUUUUGUAACAAUCAAUGUAUUUUUGUACUUGUUGUGUUUGUGUUAAAUUAAUAAUGAAGGUGCUUUACUAUCAAUUUAAAAUGUAACCCUGCCAGUUUUCGAUCGAUACAUAAUAAUCGUUUCGGUGUUAGUUUGAAACUGUAAAUAUUGUUCAAUGAUACCCAUAUUAAAUCGAUUUGGAAGGCCAGGAUACGUGUAUGUAUGGUGAAAUACUUAUUGUCGAUACAGAAAUUGAUAAAUAAACAAAAUAAAACAUA